AUGGUCAAGAUUGUUACCAAAUACCAGGCAUCUCAAAAUGGAGUGAUAGGGAUAACACUGAAUUCACAUUGGUUUGAGCCCCUAUCGGAAGAAAAAGAAAAUAAAAAUGCUGCAUUACGAGCUUUGGAUUUUAUGUUAGGAUGGUUUGCUGAGCCAUUGACAAGUGGUGACUAUCCGCAAAGCAUGCGAUCUCUUGUUGGAGGCCGAUUACCAAAAUUCACGAAAGAACAAUCCAAGUUGCUAAUUGGUUCAUUUGAUUUUCUUGGACUAAAUUACUAUACAGGUUACUAUGCAAGUGAUGCACCUCAAAAUAACUCGGUAUACGCAAGCUUCGCAACAGAUUAUGGCGUUAAUCUUUCUUCUGAGCGUAAUGGGGUCCCCAUCGGUCCAAAGGGUGCUUCGGAAUGGUUAAAUAUUUAUCCACAAGGAAUUCAACAUCUUUUACUCUACACAAAGAAAAAGUAUCACAAUCCAAUUAUUUACAUUACCGAAAAUGGUUGGAAAAUUUGGGAAAUGUCCGUUUUUCCAGGGAGACUGCCGAAAUUUCAGCAGAAAGUCUCGUCCCUUUUUAGUAAGUGGACCCGGCAUCAGUAUGAUGUCAAAAAUAUUAUAGGAUUCGUCACGGAUUCCGAGGAAUUCGGGGCGGGUCCUGUCAACUUGGUAUCAGAGCAUUAA